CUCUCUCUCUCUCUCUCUCUCUCUCUCUCUCUCUCGUCUAAAUCUUUGUCACUUACUCAUAAACCCUAGCCAAAAUGUGCUCAAAUCUGUAACUAUUCCUUAUUAUCAACCCCAUAUUUGCUUCAAAAGAACUCCGCAAUCCGAUCAAGUCGCCGAUCCCUUGCCCAUUUCAACAUUCUCCAAAUUUCAUCCGAAACUGCUGCAGUGACACUGUACUAGGGUUUUGUUUUCUCUACACUUGUUGCAGGUUUGAUUCAACACUGGGAAGAAAGAAUGGGUGACCUAAUCCGCGGAGCCGAUCCCUCUGCAACUGAAAAGAGUGGGUUUGAUGCUAGUCGGAUUUCAGAAGUAAAAGCAUGGCUUUCUACUCAAUUUGAUUCGGUUGGAAAAGAUGUCCCCGAAUUCGAGUACACUCCGCGGAGCAUUGCUCAUCUUCACAGUCUUGCAACCAUCUCCCAAGCCAAAACUCAAGCUGCUGCAAUUGUUGCCAGUGAUUUCCGGCAAAAGGCGGUUGAAUAUCGUUCCCAAGCUGCAAGGAUAAGGGAGAUAUUGGAGAAUGUAGGAUUGGCACAAGACAGUUUGUCAUCCAAUGUGGUUGGAUCGGCUCAAGUUCUUGCAAAUGUGGCUAAUUUGUUGAACAUAAGGGAUACUGAACUUAGUAGUUUCCUUGUUGCAAUGGGCGAUAUUUCGUUGAGGAAAACAGGAGUAGAGGAGAAGAGGGCUAAAGUACAGAAAGAGUCCAAAAUUCUUCUUGAUUAUACCCGAAAGGCAAUAGCAAGGCUUACUUAUUUGAAAAGGACCCUUGCACAACUUGAAGAUGAUGUAGCUCCUUGUGAGGCUCAAAUGGAGAAUUGGAAGACAAACUUGGCAAUAAUGGUUUCAAAAGAGCGACAAUACCUGCAACAAUAUUCCAACUAUAAGGCAAUACUGAAUCGCGUGGGCUACACCCCAGAUAUUAGCCAUGGCGUGCUGGUUGAAAUGGCAGAGCAUAGGAAGGAACUGGAGAAGAAAACAAAGCCAAUCCUCGAUACUUUGAGAAGCUACCAAGACUUACCUCCUGAUAAAGCUUUGGCUGCACUUGCAAUUGAGGACAAGAAGAGGCAGUUUGCUGCUGCUGAGAAGUACCUUGAAGAUGUAUUGCAGUCAGCUCUAGACGUUACCGAGUGAGAGCCCUGUAUUUGUGAUUUAUAAAAUUUGCUCAAGUAUCAGCUUUAUGUUGUGUUCUGAUCAAGUAUAACUAGAAACUGUGAUGGCGGUGUAUAAUGUUACUGCUUGCUUUCUACUUUGCUUAUGAAACAACGAUUUACCCGAAUGUAGUUGUUGUUUCCCCACAGAAAAAUGAAGAUGAAUUUCUGGAUUUUUCUUGAGU